AAUGGGCAGGGACUUCCCAGAAAUGAAAGUGGAAGCAAAGAGCCCGCGGGCAGAACUGUUUGAGGUGCGGUUCAGGCUCUGCUACAGGAGAGAAGUCUCCUGAGAAGGUGGAAGCAAGGGCUCUGUUGGGUGGAUUCUGCCACAUCGUUUCCAGCUCCGAAGACUCAGCUCUUGCCAACCAGAUCCCAGACCAUGUCAGUGACUCCUGGUCCCAGACUCUGCUGAGCUCUGGAGAUACAGAGAAGACCAGGACGGAGUCCCAUCUCCCCACGCGAGCUCACACUUAGUUCUGGGCAGACCUUAUUUUCAGGCUUCCCAGCACCCAGUGGACUAUGCCAGCUAGCAACUGCUCCAACCCACAAACAAAGGCAUUCCACCGGAGGGGGAGCCUAUUACGCACCCUUCAGGAGGAGCAGGCCAGACUGAAGAUGAGGCUGCAGGAACUACAGGAGCUGAAAAGGGGGCUCAGGGACUCCCCCCAAGACAAGGUCCCAUUCCCAGUUCCUGAAGUCCCCCUGGUGUUCCGAGGACACAUUAAGGAGGACAUGGAAGGGCCCAAGUCUUUGGUCUCCAACCUGCAGAUCUCCUACCCUCUGUCUGGAGGCUCAGCUCUCGUCAUCUUUGAUGACCCCAAGGUGGCCAAGCAGGUGCUACGACAAAAGGAGCAUCAGAUCCAGAUGGAAGAGUGUCGGCUGCGGGUGCAGGUCCAGCCCGUGGAGCUACCCGUGGUGACAGCCAUCCAGGUGUCCAGCCAGAUGAGUAGCCAGAGAGUGCUGGUCAGUGGGUUUCCUGCGAAGCUCAAGCUGAGUGAGGAGGAGCUGCUGGACAAGGUGGAGCUCUUCUUUGGCAAGACCAAGAACGGGGGAGGAGAUGUGGAGACUCGGGAACUGCUGCAUGGGGGUGUCAUGCUGGGCUUCGCUGAGGAGGAAGUGGCCCAGAACCUGUGCCGGAUCGGCCAGUUCACCGUGCCUCUGGGUGGGCGGCAGUUCCCUCUGAAAGUCUCUCCCUACAUGAGUGGAGAGAUUCAGAAGGCAGAGAUCAAGUUCCAGCCAGUGCCACAGGCAGUGCUGGUGCUCAACAUUCCCGAUGUGCUGGAUGGCCCCGAGCUGCAGGAUGUGCUGCAGGUGCACUUCCAGAAGCCCACCCGUGGGGGAGGGGAGGUGGAGACCCUGACAGCCGUGCCCCCAGGAGAGCAACGCCUGGCGGUCUUCACCACCGAGUCCAGCUAGGAGCCUUUUCAUCGCCAUCCAGCCCUCUGCCAAGAUUCUCUAACCGGGCUGGGGUUGGGUGCGUGCGGAUGAUCAAGAUCCUGCUAGUCAACAAAGCGGGUCAGGACUCUGAGUUGUGAAACGCUGUCCCAGACAGUAAAAGUGCCUGCCUGGA